AUGCUCGUUUCUCUUACCGUCGGCAAAGUUGAUGCCGGCGUAACUGUUCUAUUAACCCCCGAUAAACGUUUGAUUGAAUUCCCCUCAAUUCUGUUACCCCCAAAUAUCGUUUCGGGUUCCAUAGUCGACAUCACUGUCUCUCGCAACAACGAAUCUGAAGCUAAAGCAGAGGCCCAAUUCUCAGCUCUUCAAGAUCGCAUAUUCUCCUGCUUCGGCGCAUCCGAACCUAGCACGCCUGUCCUUCGCUGCCGCAAUGCUACCCAGACAUCUGUAGUCCUCGAGUGGGACCCUAUCGAACUCGCCACUGCCGACCUCAUCUCCCUCUCCCUUUAUCGCAAUGGCCAGAAAGCCGGGAACAUCCCUCGGCCCUUGCACAUGCACAGCACCAAGAUCAGCGGCCUUGCUGUCGACACCGAAUAUUCCUUCCAUCUGGUUCUGCGCACUACCGCCGGUAUAAACGCUAGCAAACAGGUCGUUGUCCGCACCCACAAAAUGACCGACCUAAGCGGCAUCACUAUUACUACGGGUAUCCUGCCACCUCACACGCGCGAAGAGCUCACUAAAGCUGUCGAGCGCAUCGGCGCUAAGAUCGUCGAUAGUGUGCGCAUCGACACUACGCAUUUUGUCACCACCGAAGGGCGCGGCGUACCAUGGGAGAAAGCUGUCGAGAUGAAUAUACCCGUUGUACGACCCGAAUGGGUCGAUGCCUGCGAAAAGAAUGGUCGCAUCCUAGGUGUCACCAAGUUUUAUCUAGAUGCCCCGAGACCUGCUCCUGUUGGAGGAGGGGAGGAGACGCAGAGAUCAGCGCCGUCCCCCGCGCCGAUACAACAGAACCAGAAGGACCUUCCGCCGCCGCCAGCCCAGCCUAGUAGUAAUAAAGAAACAGAAGCCAAGCAGGACGAGGAGAAGAGUGAAAGCAGCGAUGAGGAAGACGAUGAGGAUAAGACUGGAGAUGAAGAGAAGGCAAAAGCCACAGAGGAGCAGAAAGUAAGGCUUGAGGAUAAAGAGACCCAGAAGGUUGCCCUACGACCUGGAGGCCAAUCGCAAGCCGCCGAAAAGGAUAGCGAGGAGAAGGAGAGCGGGAGCAGCUCAGACGAAAAGGGGCCCGCGCCAUCUCCCGGAGACGAGGCGUCUUUCCAAAAUGUAGAGCUGUAG